AUGGCCGUAAAGAAGAGUGUCGUGGUAACAGGAGGUGCGUCAGGGAUAGGGUUGGGAAUCACCCGUUCAUUUGCAGAACAUGGUGCCCAUGUUUCGGUCCUGGAUGUGAACUCAGACGGCGCGCAGAUCGUCAAAGGGCUGUCGUCAGAGUAUCCCAACGCCAGUUUCUCGUUCAUGAAAGCCGAUAUCUCCAAAUGGGAUGAGCUGGCUGCAGUGUUCGAGCAGAUCUAUCGGGAGCAAGGCCGGAUCGACGUUGUCAUGGCCAAUGCUGGGAUAUCGAAAGAACCGAGUUUGAUCGUGGACGAGGACACGCCUUCAAAGCCACCUCUGCAUACCUUGGACGUCAAUUUGAUUGGGACAGUAUACACCGUAAAGUUGGCCAUCCACUAUAUCAAGAAGAAUGCUGUCGUGAACGGAGCCACGAUGCCUUCCAAAGGCUCCAUCAUUUGCACAGCGUCGAAUGCCGGGUUAUAUCCGUUUGCAGUCGCACCAAUUUAUGCCGCGUCCAAGUUUGGGGUCGUCGGCUUGGUGAGGUCACUGGCACGUCAGCUCGAGAGGGAGGCGAUUCAGAUCAAUGCUUUGGCACCCGCUGUCCUCGAAACAAACAUCGCUCCCGACAAAGCCUUGUUCAAGACCAUGAUCCUCACACCCAUGUCCACCCUGACGCGAGGAGUUCAACAGCUUGUAUCAGAUCCAUCCUUGACAGGACAGAUUGCUGAGAUCCACGGGGAAAAUGUCUCACUGAGAGAGCCGACCCCAUAUAUUGAUGAGGAUACCGGCACGAACAUAGAGACGUUCUGGUCCUUGGGAUAUGCUUGA